GGGAUAUUAGCGGGUGGGAGGUGCGGCUGGGUUGCUACAGCCAGAGCUGGGCGGUGGCGGGCGCUGCUGAAGGAGUCUCGCUGAGCUCAAGGCGGCGGCGCAAUGGAGGGACUGGAAGAGAAUGGAAGUGUUGUCCAAGUUGGAGAAUUGUUACCUUGCAAGAUUUGCGGAAGAACAUUCUUUCCAGUAGCAUUAAAAAAACAUGGACCCAUUUGCCAGAAAACUGCCACUAAAAAACGGAAGACUUUUGAUUCAAGCAGACAGAGAGCUGAAGGAACGGAUAUUCCAACAGUAAAACCUCUCAAACCGAGGCCAGAACCACCAAAGAAACCAUCUAACUGGAGAAGAAAACAUGAAGAAUUCAUUGCCACCAUAAGAGCAGCUAAAGGCCUUGAUCAGGCCCUCAAAGAGGGUGGCAAACUUCCUCCUCCUCCUCCACCUUCGUAUGAUCCUGAUUAUAUUCAGUGUCCAUAUUGUCAGAGGAGAUUUAAUGAAAAUGCAGCUGAUAGACAUAUAAAUUUCUGUAAAGAACAGGCAGCACGUAUUAGUAAUAAAGGCAAAUAUUCUACAGAUACCAAAGGAAAACCAACAUCUCGGACACAGUAUAAGCCACCUGCACUUAAAAAGUCAAAUUCUCCUGGAACUGCAUCAUCAGGAUCUUCACGAUUACCGCAGCCAAGUGGCACUAGCAAAAGUGUUGUAGGUAUGCCUUCAGGUAAAGUGUCUUCAAAUACCAGCUCUUUGGGAAACAAACUUCAGACCUUAUCUCCCUCUCAUAAAGGGAUAGCAGCCCCUCAUGCAGGUAAUAUGGACAAGUUAGGCCCUCCGCUUCGAACUGGAAGACAUGUUCAAAGGUUGUAUGACAGUGAUACAAAAUCAGACAGUGCCAUCAAAAGACAUGAGUUAUUACCUAUUUACAAAGCUAAUGUCAAACCUCGAAAUUCCACACCACCUAGUUUGGCAAGAAAUCCGGCCCCAGGUGUGCUUACAAACAAAAGAAAAACAUAUACUGAGAGCUACAUAGCCAGACCAGAUGGAGACUAUGCAUCUUCCCUUAAUGGUGGAAAUAUUAAAGGCAUUGAAGGAAAUUCACCUGGAAACUUACCAAAAUUCUGCCAUGAGUGUGGGACUAAAUACCCUGUAGAAUGGGCCAAGUUCUGCUGUGAAUGUGGCAUUCGAAGAAUGAUUCUAUGAAUAGAAUCUCAAAAAAAAAAAGCCAAGUUCAGAGUUUAUGAUUAUUGCUGUUUAGAUAGCUAGAGCACUCACUUCCUGUAGUUAUUUUGUGCUAAAAAUACUCAAAAUACCAUUUCCAGUAAUUUUGGAGCAUAAUCUUUUGGCUAUAUAAUAUAAUGUGUGUGUAUUUAUAUGUGUACAUAUACUGUAUAUACUAAAUAUCUCAUAUCCCAGACUGUGCCAUUCAAGGAAAUAAUGACUUAUCAGUCAGAAAAUAAUUUCAAAUGGAAUGAUUAAUUUAGGUGUUACUUUUCUGUUGUUAAACCGCAUUAAGUACAUUUCCAUUAACUCUCAUACUCUAGUGCUUAGCCCUUCAAGCUUUAGGAUAAUUAUAACUUUGAGCAAAAAAUUUGAAUAAACAUUUGUAUCUAGCUUAAGAUAGUAUCAUAGUAGGUUAGAUGCUGGGAAUUUUGUAAUUAAAGAGAAUGGUUUUAGUUACCAUUAGGUAUGUAAGGUCACUUUCCUGUAGAGCAUGUCAACUUAUUUUAUAAAUCCUAAAAACUAAGAGAAAAAACACCCCUCUAUUAGUUAUAUAAUUUAAUCAUCUUACUCAUUUUGUAAAAAUGUAAUUAUGCAAUUUCCUUUUCAAAAAUACAAGACUAAAAAUACAAAUCUUACUCUAUUUAUAACUGAAUGAUUUUUUUUACUUCUGUAUCUAUUGGUUGAACAUAUUUUUUUUACUUUCAACUGUUUUUCCAAAUUUUACUUUUUUCUUCCUUUUUCAUAACCUGUGAAGAGUAGUUUUAAUUUGCUAUUUGAUUUUUUGCUGUAUUUGAAAAUGGAAUUAUUUAGUAUAGAAAGCACAAAAUUCCCGGCAAAAUCUUACAUGUUUAAAAACAUUUAAUUUUUUGUAUCUGAAUUUAGAAUAAAUUAUUUUAAUGCAUUUUGAAACAAAUCACCUCACCUAAUCAUAAUGGUUGUGGUAACUAACCAUUAGUACAGAGCAUGCAGAUAAAAAGUAUUUGAAUUUUUUUUUCCUGGAAGUAGAUGUAGUUGUGAGUAGGUUAAGAGAAUAUCCAAUUUUGCUACUCAUAGUUUAUUCUUUAAUGUAUAAUGUUGAAACACCAUUCAUGUCACAAUAAGGACCCACUAAAAAUGUAUUGUUUAAAGCAUAAUUUACUUAUCUAAUUAAACAUACACAAAAAUUUAGUUAUUUUUUCUCUUUAAUCUGACUACAAUACAGCUCUUAAUCAUUGUCACUUUCAGUAUAGCAUAGUAAUUAGUAGUAGAUUUCCUUGAUGGCAGCAAUUCUGUAAUUUCUGUUCAAUCAAACCUAAGAGCUUUGAUCUUACUGUAAGGUACAAUCAAAUCUUUUAUAUAAUUCCUAGAUUUUGUUUAUGAUUCUGAUCAACUAUAAGACACAAUGUGAAGAUUUGUGGCUUACAUUUUUCUAAAAUUUAUUAACAUUGUUUAUUUGGGGCAGGAGUUAUAAACUUAAUAGGAAUUGUCAUUUUACUUACCUUAUAGUUUCUUUCCUGGCUUUUUACUAGUAUUUUCCCCCCAGUUAUCUUUAUUCGGUCGUAUUGGUCAAAACAAACAAAUAGUCCAACUGAAAUAAACUGUAAUGAAUUUAGAAGACAAAUGCACAUAUUAGAUUUCCAUUUCAAUCACUUCUGUCCUGUUAUAAAUCAUAUGAAGAACUUUAAACUCUUGUUUUAUCUAAGGCUAAGCACUGCUUUUUUCCAAAGUAUUUUUUUUAAGACCACAUAAUUUUUUUGUCUGCUCAAGGAAGGGAUAGAUAAGUAAUUGGCACAUAUUUGUUUCUCACUGAAUUUUACAGUAGUAAAUAAAUGUUAUAAUGUACUACAUGGAGAUCAGCUGGUAAGAAAACAUCCAGUUCCAGAGCCCAGAUAUUAUUAUUAACAGUGGGUGAAAUAGAUUUAUGACUCCUGAAAUAUGUUGUGACAAUGUAUUUAAAUACAUUUUUGUAUUACUUGCAUAUUUUAUUCUCACACUGAUUUAUUGUGCAAUAGUUCUGUUUUUUAAAAAAUUGUCCUAUGCAUCAUGUAUUUUAUUUUUAUUUAUUUUCACAAGUAUUUGACAGUAUGGUAGAAAAAAAUGAUUGUAAGCUUAAAUUAAAAAUGUAAAAAUUACUUAUGUAUUAUUCUGAAAUGCAUUAGGUUGAAGAAGUAAGAUGAUAUGGUGACUAUUAUUUCUUGUCCACUAUAUGUUUGUUUUUUCACCAAUGUCUUCAUAUUUGAAACUAUUCAAUAAAGACAUGAAACAUAAAAAUGCUAGUUCAUAUUCACUGAUAUCUUUUGGCCACACAUAGAAAGAUAGGAAUACCCCCAAAAAAGAUAGGAACCCAAUGAAAUAUAAAAAAAUAUUUGAAGUAAAAAAUUCAGAUUUAAAAAAAAAAAGUAGUUUUUCAUUGGCUGUAUUCUUAUGCCAUCAGCUUUUAAAAAUGUAUUACCAUUUUAUUGAAGUGUUUUCUGACAUCAAAGUAUUAGAAAUGUUUUUGUUACAAGUUUUUUGAGGCAUUAUCUUCAUAGACAAUACAUUUAGCAUAUUUGUGAUGUCAAGGUUAAUAGGAAACAUGGACAUUCUACUUAAUGAUACAGUUUAAUGGCAAAAGAUAUCUGUGAUGAAUAUUUAAUAUUUUAGACCACCAUAUUUAAAAUUUAAAAAGAACUUAGUGAAAAUUUCAGAUUAGACAUGUUUAAUUUGUGCUCAAUUUUCCAUAGGCUAGAGGUGAACACUUAACCAUGAGUAGAAGCUCUGGAGAUGAAAAAAUGUCAGAAAAAUACAAAGAAUCAUCAGAGCACUUGGGUAUUUAUUUUCAUUGUAUGUGUGUGUAUUUUACAUUGUAAGUAUGUUUUAGUACUAAGAUAGGUUGAUUUCUUUCAAAUGAGUAUUAUUGAAUAGAGCUAUGGAGAAACUAAAGUAAAUCCAUAAUAAUUUUUAUUUUCAUUUAGAAAAAAUUCAGUUAAAUGUUACUCAGGAUGCUCCUUAUUUUAAACACAAUUUUGCUUAGCUUGUAUGUGAAUUGCCCUUUGGCCACUAGAGGGUGCAUUUGGAUAAUUAUUUCAUAAUAGUACUGGCCUAUUGUUUUUAAAGGCCUCUCAGCAAUAUAGAUAGGAUUUUUGACAACACAAAAUUGCAGAGAUUUAUAAAAGUAGUUUUCUUUGCUUUGUUGUGAUUUUAAUAAGGUGUUUAUAUCUUAGAAAUUUUGCCCAGCUCAACUGGGUCACCAGCAUUGCAGUAAUUGAUAGAGAUAUUUAAUAAUUACACUUCACAAUAUUUUGUUAGCAAAAUUAUGCCUCUCAAGCAUAUCGCUUAUGGAUGUUACAUGGAUUAGUAAAUAUUCCUUGAAAUAUUACUUUAAUAUUUCAUCUUAGUUCUAUUACAGUUUAGUAGAUUAUAGUCUGAUUUAAGAUAAGGAUAUUUUUUUCCCCAAUCCUUUAGCCUGAUUUAACUUUAUCUAACACAUGAGAGUGUAGUCUGUUUACAUAUGAGCUAAUAAUUGGUUAGGCCAACUACUGUAAGGUGCACAAAGCUAAAGCUUCAUGCUUACCAUUAAAAAAUGCUUUAUGUGCUCUUCAUGUUAUGCAAUGGUGGGGAUCAAGAGAAUAAGAUGUGAUGAAGUGUCUGCCCUCAAGUUGAUACAAUUCAUUUCGAGAAACUGAUAUAUAAAUAGACAGUUACAAUGUGGGACAAAAAUAAGUGAUUUACUUUAAUGGAACGUUUGUUUAUCAUGAAGGUACCAACAAAGUGUAACAGAAAUUUAGUGGGAGCUUCAUAUAACCAUAAAUUAUACAGCUCACCAUUUCCUAUUUUCUUUUUUCUUCCUUGUCCCAGUGCUUGAGAGGAAACCAGAGUAUGAACAAGAACUGUUUUACCUUUUAGUGGAGAAAGGACAAUUUCCAGUGGAAACAAUGUAUGUGUGGUCCAUUUGAUCUGUAUAAUGGGAACUGUUUCCGUAGUCCUGAGGACUGAGGAAAAGAGAUGUUGAGUAAAAGUUACUGAUAAUUCCAGUUGUUCAAUCUUAUCUCACUUAGUCCUCUCUUUCUUUCUCUGCCCAAAUACCUCUAUUUCUGCCCCUCCUUUCAAUUUGCAGCACUGACACUGGGGAUGGGAGACAGCCAGUAGUGCUGAGUACUGUCGAGUACAGUUAACAGUGAAAUGCUGCUUUUCACUCAUCAAAUCAUCAAUCUUAAAUUGUGAUAAAACUGAAAACCUGUCAUGGGGCAUUAAGAUGAAUGCCCUUAUGUACUGAUGGUGGAACUAUAAGUUGAUCAUACUUUUUGAAAAGGUCGACUAAAUUUACAUUAAAAGCCUUUAAAACAUUUGUGCUUCAUAACCUAAUAAUUAUAUUUCUAAGACACACUUAGGAAGUAUAGGAAAAUAUGCAGAAUAUGAUUAACAAUACUAUAUAGUGAUGAAAUUGAAGAAACUAUAGUAAAUUGGCCAUUAAAGCAAUUUUCAAUAAUUUUAAUGUCAUAACAAGUUAAUUGCUAAGAUAAAAAUUUUCAAAUAAUGUUUGUAUAUAAAAUAUUCUAAUCAUGUAAAAAAGUAUAUAGAAAAAAGACUGGAACUAUAUUUCUCAAUAUAUUGUGCUUAUUUUUACCAAGGAUAUUUGGUAAGUCAUCUUUUAUAUUUUUUUAUAUUGUCAACUUAUAAAUGCACAUUGCCAUUAUAAUUUUUAAAAAGCAAAUAGGUUUCUGUUUUUCCAGGUUAAUCGUGCUCAUCUGGAAACAGUUAAUCUGAAACUGCCAUCUUUUACGUUGUUUUCUAAUAUUCACAAAUGUCAUGUGAUCUAGUUAAGGUAGUUUGUUUUUAAAAUAACUGUAUUGCUGAAAGUGGCCUGUUAACCUAGGUAUAAUUUUAAUGAAAUUAUUUUUCCUAAAUUUCAUUCAAGAGGACAUUCUAUUUUUUGAAUUUUAAAAUUUUUAUUAUUUUUUUAAUAAGAAUUUAUUUUGCACAUUUUAAAAAUUGCAAUUUUCAGGAUGGGUAAGAAAAACAUUUUUCUAAUACUGAAAUAAGCAUGUCUUUGGUAUAGAAAUCACACCCUAUGUGUGAUCUUUAACCAAAAAAACUAAUCAAGAACUAUUAUGUAAUAUGCUAAACAAAACUAUUAUUUGCCCAUUCAUCUGUCCCCUUUCAUGGCCCCAUUGUUAUGCUUUAGAAUACAGUUCUGUACACGUCUGUAUCUACAAGGAAUUAAGAUGCCAUAUCAAAGGUGUCCAGAAGUUAUAUAUGGUAGAGAAUUAGUUGGCUUAAUCCUUGACACAUAACACAAAA